AUGCCGGCGGCAAGAAUCGCAGGGAUACGCUUCGAGACGCGAGGCGCCAGCUCAGAUGGCACCUCAGCAUCCAGAUCCGGAGCAGCAUCGUCAUCACCGACCAGGUCUAUGCUCAUGUCUACGCUUCCUCAAUGGAUAUUCAUACUAUCGCUCAUAUUCGGUGGUUGUUGCUCCAACGCCUACUACCUCGAGCUAUCCACACGAGCUCUGCCUCAAUGCGGUACCCUCCUCACCUUUUUUCACUUCUUCUUCACCUCUCUACAAGUUCUCCCCACCCAGCUCAAAAAUGCCAGCGUACCCAUCAUUGUGCUCAAGAGGAACGAGGUCCCAAUGAUCAGAUGGGCCGUACAGGUGUCGCUCUACUUUGCUACAAGUCUACUCAACAAUACCGCUUUUGCUUAUCAUGUGCCCAUGCCAGUGCACAUCAUCUUCAGAUCAGGAGGUUUGGUCGUCAACAUGAUCGUAGGCUGGCUCGUAAAGGGAAGAAAGUACUCUGCAUUACAGAUAUUCUCCGUGCUUCUCGUCACCUUUGGUGUCAUUCUUUCAACAUUGGCGACAACGCCCGAGACAUCAUCUAGCAGUUCGACCAGCAGCACCAGCAAGAGUCUCGCGGCUUCCCUUUCUUCCUCCUAUUUUACCGGCAUCCUGCUCCUGACCUGCGCGCUCUUCAUCAGCAGUCUGAUGGGACUCUGGCAAGAGAUGACAUUCGCCGCGCACGGUUCUCAACACUGGAGAGAAAUGCUCUUCUACUCUCACGCACUCAGCUUACCGCUCUUCUACUUCAAAAGAGCUCAGCUCAACAGGGAAUGGACGGGAGCGAUGAGCUGGGGCCUACCUAGCGCGGACGCUUUGACCUUUCCAGGCUCCUCGAAAGUUCUGCUGCAGAAUGCCGUCAAAUCUUCGCCUGCGCUUGCCCUAUCUGGCGAUAUGAGCCUCGAUGGCGUGGUGGAGCAGUCAUCAUCAUUUGCUCGUCUAGUAGCUCCAGGAGGGACGUUCAAUCUUCGGAGUUUGCCCUUCUUUAGACCAGGACAAAGCUCGGGUCUCUUGAUCCCUUCCAUCUUCCCACCUCUGACGCUGAACAUUCUGACGCAGCUGCUCUGCAUAAACGGGGUCAAUCGUCUCACUUCUCAAGUCUCUUCCUUGACCGUCACUUUGGUGCUCGUCGUGAGGAAAGCUGUCAGUUUAGCCAUCAGUCUGCUCCUCUUUGGAUCGGCUGCUGGUGGAGACAAGGGAGCGAAGGGUACUUUGCAGCUCGGAGCGGGAGCCGCUGCUGUUCUGCUAGGCACUGUGGCUUAUGCGCUAGGCUCUUCCGGCAGCUCCAAAGGCGCAAAAGACAAGCGGCCCAGCACUGAAGCUGAGGUCAAGCCCAAGACGAGUUGA